AGGGCAUCAGAACUGAUCAUGUCAGUGAAUUUUGAAGGAAGGGAGGCUGGAGCUUUGAAAGGUCUUCAGAUCUGUUGCAGAAGGUCAAAGUUCAGCAAGUGGUUUUGUGCGGCCUAGCAGGUUUGCCUCUUUCAAUUGCGGCACCAAUAUCCUGUCCAAUCUGCUGAUUAGAACCACUCUCUAAGCCCCUGAAGAGGAAGAGCUGAGCUACUUCUGUUGCAAGUUUCGGCUGCUUCCGGCCCGCUCCCGGUUGCAAUCGACAAUUAGUUGCCAGUAAACUGCCUUACAAUUUCGGAACAGCUUCUGCGUUCUUACCUGCAACUUCGGGAGCCAUCUUCGGUGCCAUCAUGUCUAGGCAAAGAAAAGGCACUCCUGCCCCAAUUCAAGAAAGGGUCUCGUACCAUGAGUCCGACGAACCAAUGGCGAGGUCAAAAGAGGAAGAGGAGGAAGACAGGAAGCUCUUGUUUAACGGGGAAGCGAUGCAAGCAAACAUACGGAGCGUGAAUUUCAGUCGGACCUUUCUAUCGCUAGUAGCGGGGGCUGUGGCAGGGAUCUUGGGGUUAAGGGGGAUUCCUGGAUUCCUCUUUUACUUCGUCAUCAUGGCGGCACAGUCGGGAACGCUCCUCCUGAAGGCCAAGCUGAACGCUGCAGUCUACUUCCUGUCGCUACAAGCAGUGGUCUUCGACGGGAUACUUCCAAACGUGUUGUUGUUUGUACUGUUUUGGACUCUCAUAUACGAUUACGUCCACAUUUUCUAAUGGAAGACUUAGCACACAAGGACCAGUCGGCGUGGUCAUGUACCAAGGUGUCUGGUUUUUCUCCCGGGGAUGUACCUCGUUCUUCACGCUCGGAGCAGGAUGGACGCUGUUCAAAAGUUGACUUUCUGGGCGUUAAUCCUACCAAAGACUCAUUCCAGGGGGGGCCCCUGUGCAAGUGCGUGGCCGGUCGAAUUGUUUGACGACUGUAGUACCUAGGACAUGCAGCUGAAGAAUCUAUGUGCGUGAUGAAUUCAGCCACAUGACAGAAGCAUAUGACAGUCGCAUGAGCUCAACGCUUGUUGGACGAAGUUAACCGAACGAAUCAAAGUGUUUUCGAUCGUUGAAUGGAAAAUUGAACUUUUCGCAGC